AGUGUCAGGGAAUGAAUGAUUGCUUUAUUUACUCAUUGGUCCACCCCUUGCAUUUACAGUGUCUAAAGAAAUAUUUGGGUGUGUAUUAUAUCACACAUUAACAGAAAGGGAGUGGUUUGUUCAGUCAUAUGAAUGAUGUGAAAUCAUAUGGUCUGAACCAGAGACUCGUGGUCACUGCUGAUAUGAGCAAGCAGAAGACAGGAAACCCUGGUUGGAUAAAGACAUGAGGAGAACAAGUAAACCAGCUGUUCUCAAGGAACCAAAUGUCUGUACUUAUUCAGCAUUAACAAGACAAUACUGCCGGAAGUGUUCAUAAAUCAUAAUCAUGAAGUCUGGAGAGAAAUUUACCUGGUUUCGGUGGCUAUCCACAGUUUUUGGAAUCAUUUUUCAUUUAGGAGACACUGGAUCAGACUUCAUGUUAUCUGUGCAGUACUUCAGAAGUGGACAUCUCAUCUGGGCCACACUGACUCUUGUGUUUGUUCUGGCUGGAUCUGUAUGCAUACAGGCAUUCAGCUAUGCAUGGUUCAAAGAUGAUAAGAAAAAUUAUAAAGACGACGAGGGUCUGUCCACUUGCCAUCUGAUCGGGAUACAUGUACUGCAGAUAGGCAUUUUUACAAGGUAUAUCCAUCUCCUGAAGAAGAGUUUUAAAGCCCUGCGUUCGGGACAGGAGGAGCAGUUACAGAUUUUCGGUCUUGCUGCCGAUCUUAGCAUGCUCCGCAUGUUUGAGACAUUCCUGGAGAGCAUUCCUCAACUCAUUCUGCAGGCUUAUAUCAUACUGGAGCACAACCAUCGCUCUAAUCUGCAAUACAUCAGCAUGGCCCUGUCUUUUCUCUCCAUAGCCUGGGCCACGGUAGACUAUCGUCGCUGUUUACGGCAAUCUCUUACUUACCUCAAGCAAAUGCCUUCUGGAGUCCCAACAAUCGUAUAUCUGUCCUACAAAAUCUUUACCAUAACCCCUCGAAUCCUCAGCCUCACGCUCUUCAUCAUGCUCUCCCCCUUCAGUACUGUACCAAUGGCCUGCAUCUGGCUGUUGGGAACCCUCUGGGCAUUCCUGGAGCAGACCAGCUUCUGCACUUCACGAGCCCUUGAACAUCUUUAUCGAGCCGUUGUUGGAGUUAUCCUCAUUUUCACCUUUUUUAACAUUAAAGGACAGAACACCAGAGUUCACAUGACACUGUAUUACACUUUCAGCGUGUGUCACAACCUUUCGGCGCCUAUUGUGUUGUUUCUGCUCAAACCAGAAUCUGAACGGACCGACUACUUCCUGCCAAUUUUAUUUUUUAUAUUAGUGUCAAAUUUAAUGGGCCUGGGUUUUCUGGGACUCUAUUACAGCCUCCUGCACCCCCGUGAACCUGGCAAAGAGGGAAAAAGAGCAGAAGGAAUGGACGAAACAGAUGGAAUGAAAAAUGAGACAAAAACAACACGUUUACAGAAUUUUUUGCAAAUAUAGUCUUGCUCAUUAACUAAUGAACUUGAUUAAGAAAAAGGUGCACACACACACACACAUACACACACAUAUAUAUAAAUAGAGAGAGAGAGAGAGAGAGAGAGAGAGAGAGAGAGAGAGAGAGUGAGAGAGAGAGAUUUAUGUUGGAAUUGAUAAAGUGUGAAGAAACUACAGUAUGUUUAAAUGUAAUAACAUGUCUGAAAGCUGCUAAGGAAGGUGUUAUAUCUGAUUUAUGAAAUGUUGAGGUUUCAUUGAAUCUGUAAAAAUGACAAAUAAGCUUUCUACUGCCAAUAGAGCUGUCCAGUUUACAGUCCUAAAGUGACGAAUAAUUACAGAACUUGUGAUUUUUGUCAAAAGGGCCCGAAUGGAGUAUGUUUGUUAACUCCUCAAGUCAAUGCAGCUGUUCACUAUUGUUUAGCUUUAAGUUAUAAUAUGCACUCUUACUUUAAGUUUGUGGUUACCGAAAGUUUUUUUUUUAUGUGUAAAUGAACAUGAAUUGUUUGGGUCACAAGAUUUGAAAUCUUUUUUAAGUAUAAAAAUUAAUACAUGCUGCUCACAAUCAUCCGAUCAAAAAUAUCAAAUAUAGUAAAAUUAGUAAUUUGUGAAAUGUUUAUACAAUUUAAUUAAAAAAAAAAAUUUUUGGUUGUUUUUAUGGACUUUAAACUACUAUAUUAAUGUGCUUGCAAAGCAUCAUUACUCCAGUCUUCAGUACCACAUGAUUUUUCAAAAAUCAUUCUAGUUUGCUGAUUUGUGCUUAAGAAGCAUUUCUUCUUAUUAUUAUCAUUGUUGAAAAUAAUAGUUUUUGUGGAUCUUACUGAACCACAACUUUUAAAUGGUAGAAUAAUUCCUUACAAAACAAAAAUCCUUGCUUCUGGUCAGUUUUCUAUUAGUAGUUCAAUCACUAGCACAAAAAUAACACGAGAUGGCACUGUUGUUCUACAAAAAUCUUUUGAAUUAAGUAACUACUGCCUUAUCCAACAGGAGAUUUUAUCUGCUUCAUGGAGACUUGUUAAAUCAUGAGCUGAGAUUUAAAACUUUGACACUUUAGAAUAGGUAACACUUAUUAGUUGCUUAUUAGCAUGCAUAUUACAAGAAUAUUAGCCAUGUAUUAGUGCUAAUUAAGAACAAAUGAAUGCCUUUAUUCUACUUGACCUUAUUCUAAAUCUCUAAUCUUACCUAAUACCUAAACCUAACAACUACCUUACUAACUAUUAAUAAGCAGAAAAUUAAGAAUUUAUUGAGAGAAAUUACAUAGUUAAUAGUUAACAAGUGUAUUUUUUUUGCAAUAAAAUAAUUACUUUUUUAUUUGGCAGCCUUCUAUGAUACCAGGUAAAAACAAAACAGCUGGGAACAAAAACAUUGAAUUGUGCAUACAUUUUACAUAUACUGGGAUUGUAAUUAACACUGGCAAUUUAUUGCAACAUUAGUUUAUAAAUGUCCUUCACAUUAAUAUGUAUGUCUGACUAAAGCAUAAAGAUAUGUGAACUGUGACCCUCAUAAUCUCUACAGGGACCGAGAAAGGCUGAGAGAUCAUGCAGAUUGUCUGUUUCAGAGCUAAUUGAAAGAUAAUAAACCAAUCCAAUUGUGUUUUGAAUACCAGCAAAAUAUUGUGCAAGCUGGUGGAGUGAGGCGAGAUUGAAAGAAGAAGAAAAAAGAGCUAAUAUAAAGAGAGAGAGGAGGCAGAUAGAGAAGCGGUCACAGCAUUUCCUCAGUGUGCUGUUCAGCGGACAUCUGUGCUGAGGCGGUGAGCUCACCAUGCAGACUGCAGAUUUAUUCAACGGUAGUAGCCUUUCAAACAAACAUGAGUACUGCUCUGCAGGCUACAGGCCUUCUUUCAUUUUCUCAUGUAUACAUACACACAUACAGUGGCCCUGACAGGUAUUUGGACAUUUUUCGGACGUUUAAUUUACACAGUGGCAAAAAAAUAAAAAAAUAAAAAGACAAUAACUGGCA